CCGACGAGACCCGAAGCCGAUUCUCUAACCAGUACAGUACAUAAUUUAGAUUACAUACGAUUAAAUAUAAAUAAAUUAUAACAGAUACGUAUAUAAGUAGAGUCGAUUUUGUAAUUCAGAAAUUCAGUCGACGAAAAAAAUAAAAUCGAAGAAAAAAAAACGAGUUGUUGACUGUUUCGUUCAUCGCAACCAUCAUGCUUACGUCUGCUGUCAAAGGGAUCGUACGACGAUCAUUUUCUACUUCAAAAUGGGCUGCCGCACAGCAGAUGACUGUCAGAGAUUCAUUAAACGCAGCAUUAGAUGAAGAAAUGGAACGAGAUGAACGAGUAUUCUUGAUGGGUGAAGAGGUUGCCCUCUAUGACGGUGCAUACAAAGUUUCUCGGGGUCUUUGGAAAAAAUACGGCGACAAACGCGUAAUUGAUACUCCAAUUACUGAGUCUGGAUUUGCUGGUCUCACAGUCGGAGCAGCUAUGGCUGGAUUACGACCGGUUUGUGAGUUCAUGACGUUCAAUUUUGCUAUGCAAGGAAUUGAUCAAAUAAUAAACUCAGCGGCAAAGACAUUUUACAUGUCUGCUGGUCGAGUAAAUGUACCUAUUGUUUUCCGAGGACCCAAUGGUGCAGCUUCAGGUGUAGGUGCCCAGCACUCCCAAUGCUUCGGUGCUUGGUACGCACAUUGUCCCGGCUUAAAAGUUAUUUCUCCGUACAAUAGUGAAGAUUGUAAGGGUUUACUUAAAGCCGCGAUUCGAGAUCCUGACCCAGUAGUAUUUUUAGAAAAUGAACUUCUUUAUGGUGUUCAAUAUCCCAUGUCCGAUGAGGCAAUGUCUAAAGACUUUGUUUUACCUAUUGGUAAAGCUAAAAUAGAACGGGCGGGAAAUCAUGUCACUCUAGUUGCACAUUCCAAAGCUGUUGAACUUGCCCUGGAAGCUGCCAACGAGCUUGCUGGUAAAGGAAUAGAAGCUGAAGUUAUUAAUUUACGAUCACUUAGACCACUCGACACGGAAACUAUUCUUAAAUCAGCAGCCAAAACUCAUCAUGUUGUUUCUGUAGAGCAAGGAUGGCCCACAUGUGGUAUUGGUGCAGAAAUUAGCGCGAGAAUUAUGGAAAGCGAAACGUUUUAUCAUCUUGACGCACCAGUUAUACGUGUGACGGGUGCUGAUGUUCCUAUGCCUUAUACUAAGUCAUUAGAAGCAUUGGCUCUUCCACGAUCGCAAGAUGUUGUUCAUACAGUGAAAAAAAUUCUAGGUGUAUCACAGUAGCUAAAUUACGUAGAAAAUUAAAAGGAUUUAAUGAUAAUUCAUUUAUUCACAUGAAUUUAGCGUUCUUUGUUGAUUAUUUUUUAUUUUUUAUUGGGACAAAAAAAUUAAUUGAUUUUUUCUUACGAAAUAAAAUUAAUUUACACAAAAUUAAA